AAGCAAAACCUUAACAGCUGAGUUCCUCAGUAACGCGCGUCAGUUUCCAGAAAGAGGUAAAAAAGAUCAGCAACCCCAGGGCGGCGCACUGCGAGAGAUGUCUGCGGGGGGCUCAGUGGAAUCAUCCCGAUACCAGUCCAGGGGCGAACAGAUCUAUGUGAGACGUGUUUACACAAAGUACGGCGUUGACAGAGAACAGAUGAACGGUAUGGCCGUUUCUUUAAGAAAUUACAACAGGGCGCACGUUCUAGUUGGUGAGCUCUACACGAGGGCGAUUAGGAUCGUUUGGAGCAGGGGAUUGCGACCACCUCGAUUUGGCGUCAAUGUUAUCCGGAAGAUGAACAGGAUAAGGAUACAGCUCCGACGUCGUUUCGCCGACACCGAACUGAGCAGGGAGGUUUUGAAUGGAAACUUUGAACCCGCUUCGACCUCGUUAGUAAAGAAAGACAUUCUCCAAAUAGCAGGUGAUUCACAUCCGAGAACGCCCAGUAUUGACUCGCGG